AUGACGGCACGACCACCACCCCUCUCCCAAACCCUCCCCCCUCUCCUCCUCGGCUCCGCAACUUUCAACUCCCAAUACAAUAAAUCACCUUUCAACCUCCCCUUCACCUCUAUAAUCCGACACUUCCUCUCCUCUUCUCCAAAAGUCGGUUUCGACACAUCACCUUACUACGGUCCCGCCGAAAUCCUACUAGGGCAUAGUCUAAAACUCCUCUCCCCACCUCGUAAUACCUACUUCCUCGCCACCAAAAUCGGUAGAAUCGCAAGUAGCGAAUUCGAUUACUCCCCGGAAUGGAUCAGAAGGAGUAUAAACAGAAGCCUAACCCGUCUGGGAGUUGAAAAGUUAGAUUUAGUCUACUGUCAUGACAUAGAAUUCGUUAGUUUUGACGAAGUAAUUUCAGCGGUCAAUACCCUUCGAGAAUUGAGGUCCGAAGGUAAAAUAGACUAUAUCGGAAUAUCUGGUUAUCCUGUUGAUCUACUAUCCCAAACAGCUGAAAAGAUAUAUAAGAUUACGGGAGAAGGGUUGGAUGCUGUGAUGUCCUAUUCGAAUUAUACUAUUCAAAAUACGAGACUGGCGUCGAAUGGUCUACAACGUCUUACAAACGGGGGGAAGGUUGAGUGUGUUAUCAAUGCUAGUCUUUUGGGAAUGGGAUUAUUGAGGACUCAGGGUGUUCCUGUUGGGGAUAUGGGUGAUUUCCACCCCAGCAGUGAUGGAUUAAGGAAGGUCUGCAGUGACGCUGCAGGGUUCGUGGCAAGCAGGGGGAAGAAAUUAGAGGAGGUAGCUUACAGAUGGGCACUUGAAAAUUGGGCGGACGAAGGGGGGGUUGCGGGGACAAGUAUUCUUCCAGGGGAAGAGGGGAAGAAGGUGGGGGUUAGUGUUAUCGGUGUAUCGUAUUUAGAAGAGUUGGAGAGUAUAUUGAAUACUUGGGAGGACGUUGUGAAGGCCAGGGAUGGGGACACACAGGCGGCAGGGAGGAGGAAGGAGAACGACGAUUUAGUAGAAGAAUUGAAGGGUGUGUUUGGAGAAUGGUAUGACGAUAUUUGGGGGAGUCCAGGAGAAGACUAUGUUAGGGAAGAAGUCAAGCCGGAGAGGUUACUGGAUGAUGAGGAGUUAUGGCCAGAGAUGAAGCUGUUGAAGUAG